CUCUACAGAUGAUUGACUUUAAUUGAAAUCUAUCAUCAACUGAAGCAUUCUCAUAUAAGUUGGAUUCGAAGUUUCACAAGCCACCACAAAACUUGCAAUUCAACUUUUUUCUUUCAAAAUUUCUGAAAGAUAUCAGUGUAAGGUAAAGGAAAAUGGCUGAGAGUGCAGUUACUUUUCUGAUCGAGAAGCUUGCAUCUUUACUCCAUGAAGAGGUUGAGGUGUUGAGAGGCGUUCGUGGAGAGCUAGACCACAUCAGAAGUGAAUUGGAGCAAAUGCAAUCUUUCCUGAGGACUGCUGAUGCGAUUGAAGCUAGCAAUCCUGAAGUUAACAAAUGGGUCAAGCAAUUGAGAGAUGUUGUUUAUGAAAUUGAAGAUACGCUCGAUGAGUUUAUGCUUCGGUUAGGACAUGAUCAUGGGGACAAAUUCUACAGUACCUUACAUAAGAUCACUUGCUAUAUUAAACACAUGAAGGCUCGAUACCAACUUGCAUCGGAAGUAAAGGCCAUUAAAUCCAGAAUCAGCAUUGUUUUCAAGAGUUACCAGAGUUAUGGUGACAGAUCCAAUAUCCUGGGUAGCAGAUUAAGUUCCAUGGCUGCAGACAACACAUGUUUUGAUCGUCGAGGUGAUGCUCUUCUACUAGAAGAAGAUGAGCUUGUCGGCAUCGAUAAUCCCAAGAGCCAGUUGAUAAAUUGGCUUGUUGAUGAUGAUCAAUGGCUCAAAGUGGUUACAGUGUUAGGAAUGGGAGGGUUGGGGAAAACAACCCUUGUAAAAAAAGUAUAUGACGAUGCUGAAGUGAAGAAACAUUUUGACAGCCAUGCUUGGAUCAAUGUUUCGCAAUCAUUCAAGAUAGAGGAACUCCUUAAAGACAUGAUUUACCAACUCUUUGAUGGAGUUAACAAACAAGCUCCUCAAGGAAUGGAAACCAUGAAUAGCCAUCGGCUAAAAACAACAAUCAAGGAGUUUCUCCAGCAAAGUAGAUAUUUAUUCGUUCUUGAUGAUGUAUGGAGCAGAAAUGCAUGGGAUGCUAUCAAACAUGCCUUGCCUAACAACCAUCAAGGCAGUCGGGUGUUGCUCACAACACGUAGUCGUGAUGUGGCCUAUGCAGCUGGCAUAGAAGCCAAAGGUGAGGUCUAUUCACUGAAGCCUUUGUCUCCAGAAGAGUCUUGGACCCUGUUCUGUAGGAAAACAUUCCAGCAGAAUUCUUCCCCACCUCAUCUGGAAGCUGUUUCUCGUCAUAUUGUCCAAAGGUGUGGAGGACUGCCUCUUGCAAUUUCGGCAAUAAGUGGAAUAUUGGCCAUGAAGGACUGGAGCAGAAUAGAUGAAUGGGAGAAGUUGGCUCGCAACCUUGGUGCUGAAAUUAGAGGCAAUGAUAUACUGCAAAGCAUGGAAAAAAUACUCUUACUUGGUUACAAUGAUCUGCCAUACUAUCUCAAAUCUUGUUUCUUGUACCUGAGCAUAUUUCCAGAGGAUCAUCCAAUAGAGUGUAUGAGACUAAUCCGUCUAUGGAUUGCAGAAGGAUAUGUAAAAGAAGUUGCUGGAAAAACACAAGAAGAAGUAGCAGAAGCCUACCUGAAUGAGCUUUUGACCAGAAGUUUGAUCCAAGUUGCAGGCACAACCAGUGAUGGAAGGGUCUACUCAUGCUGCAUCCAUGGACUUGUGCGAGAGAUUAUUCUCUUAAAAUCUAGAGAUCAAAACUUCAUGACAGUAACGAGUGAACAAAAUGAAAUAUGGCCUGAAAAAGUCCGAUGCCUCUCAAUCCAUAAGUCAUUGGAAAAUGUAAAAGAAGGCAGGGACAUCACAAAACUUCGUUCUUUGUUAAUUUUUGGAGUGGAAGAUUCACUGUCAACAACAUCAAUACCUUUAUUGUUUGAUGGUGAUAUGAGGCUGCUCACAGUGUUAGAUAUGAGGAGUACAUCACUGGAGAUGAUUCCAGAUGGAAUUUUCAAACUGAUUCACCUGAAAUAUCUGAGCUUAAGAGAUACCAAAGUGAAAAAUCUUCCAAGCUCUAUUGGGAAGCUUCGAAAUCUAGAGACCUUGGACCUUAAACGCACAGGUAUUGAUGAAUUGCCUCCUGAGAUUUCAAAACUUCAAAAGCUACGGCAUAUACUCGUCUAUCGCUAUGAAACAGAGCCUUAUAUUCCUUACCACUACCUAAAUGGAUUUAAGGCCCCACUUGAAAUUGUAAGGUUGCAAUCCUUGCAAAAGCUCUGUUUUGUUGAGUCAAAUGAAAACAAUGGCAUGUUGGUAGAGUUAGCCAGGCUGCAGCAGCUGAAGAGAUUAGGCAUUACAAAGUUGAGAAAAGAAGAUGGACCAGCAUUGUGUUCUUCCAUAGAAAACCUGAAAAACCUUCGUUCUCUGAAUGUUCAUUCACUGGAAGAGGAAGAGAUCAUUGACAUGCAGCAUUUGUCUUCAACCCCAAAGUUUCUUCAGCGGCUAUACUUGCAUGGACGUCUGGAGGAGCUACCUUAUUGGAUAAGUUCACUUCACAGCCUUGUCAAGCUGUAUUUGAGGUGCAGCCACUUGAAGGACAACCUGUGCGAGUCCCUUGGAGAUUUGCCAAAUCUGGUAGAACUUCAACUUCGUCAAGCAUAUGAUGGACAAGCAUUGAGUUUCAAGGCUGGAAGCUUUCAGAGGCUGAACAUAUUAUUUCUUGAGGAGUUGGAAGAACUUAGAUGUUUGCAUGUGGAGGAAGGGGCAAUGCCCUUACUCAGAGAACUUACCAUUAGUCGCUGCCAAUUGUUGGAGGAAGGACCAUCCUGUAUCGAACACCUCAAAAACCUCAAAACAAUCAAAUUUUUUGACAUGCCUGAUGAAUUAAACAAGAUGAUCAUGCUGGAGAAACAGGGAACAAAUCUUUCUCAUUUCCCACAGGUUUAUUUUAUUAGAUGGAAGAACACUCACUGGGAAAGAAGUAUCUUAUCGGUAGGUAAAGUACCGAAGAAAACGGCAAGCAAGUGAAACCAAGUUUCUCCAUUGUGAUCUUUUACAAGAUUUAGUGCAUAUCAGCAACAAAUAAUGUAAGGCAUACAAAUAAGGAUACAGCAAUGACCAGAACAUGCAAAGUUAUGGAUCUGUCUAUAGGUAGAAGAAUGAUCUUUCUUUCAUUUCUUUUUUUUUUUUUUGGGCAGAUUUGUUGCCAUUUUCUGCGGUUUACAUGGUUUUCUGUUUGUCAUUUAAUGUAUCGAGUGUGCAACUCAUUUCAUGAUCUGAUCUCGCAUAAAAUUCUGCAACUCAA